UCCCGCCCCUCCGUUGGCUGCGGCAGCGGCGCUGCUGCGAUGGCGGCCCUGGUUGUAAACAAGCCUGGAGCCGGCAUCGAGAGCAGCAAGCACGGCGCCCGGGGCCCCGCCGCCGAAGGAGAUUCAGGUGUCUGGGGAUUGAAAAAAAAUUUUGCAUUGUUGGAGCUUUUGGAACGACUACAGAAUGGCCCUAUUGGUCAAUAUGGAACAACAGAAGAAGCAGUUGGAUUAUCUGGAGAGAGCAUCAUUCGCUGUGAUGAAGAUGAAGCCCAUGUUGCAUCAAUGUAUUGCACUGUUUGUGCUACUCACUUGUGUUCGGAGUGUUCUCAGCUUACUCAUUCUACAAAGACCCUCGCAAAGCAUAGGCGUGUGCCUCUGGCAGAUAAGCCUCAUGAGAAGACCAUGUGCUCCCAGCACCAGGUGCAUGCCAUAGAGUUUGUUUGCUUAGAAGAAGCUUGUCAGGCCAGCCCUCUUAUGUGCUGUGUCUGCAAGGAAUAUGGCAAACACCAGGGUCACAAGCAUUCAGUAUUGGAACCAGAAGCAAACCAGAUACGGGCAUCAAUUUUAGACAUGGCUCACUGCAUACGAACUUUUACUGAAGAAAUCUCAGAUUAUUCCAGAAAAUUAGUUGGAAUUGUUCAGCACAUAGAAGGGGGAGAACAAAUUGUGGAAGAUGGAAUUGGAAUGGCCCACACAGAACAUGUACCUGGUACUGCCGAGAACGCUCGAUCCUGCGUCCGAGCCUAUUUUUCUGAUCUACACGAAACUCUAUGUCGUCAGGAAGAAAUGGCACUGAGUGUUGUUGAUGCGCAUGUUCGAGAGAAACUGAUUUGGCUGAGGCAGCAGCAGGAGGACAUGACUAUAUUGUUGUCACAGGUUUCAACAGCCUGUCUCCACUGCGAAAAGACUUUGCAGCAGGAUGACUGCAGAGUGGUCUUGGCAAAACAAGAGAUUACCAGGUUACUUGAAACGUUACAGAAACAGCAGCAGCAAUUUACUGAACUUGCAGACCAUAUUCAAUUGGAUGCUAGUAUUCCUGUCACUUUUACAAAGGAUAAUAGAGUCCACAUUGGACCUAAAAUGGAGAUUCGGGUUGUCACUCUAGGAUUAGAUGGUGCUGGAAAAACGACCAUUUUAUUUAAGUUGAAACAAGAUGAGUUCAUGCAGCCCAUUCCAACAAUUGGUUUUAAUGUGGAAACUGUAGAAUAUAAGAACCUAAAAUUUACUAUUUGGGAUGUAGGAGGUAAACACAAAUUAAGACCAUUAUGGAAGCAUUAUUACCUCAAUACACAAGCUGUUGUAUUUGUCAUCGAUAGUAGUCACAGGGACAGAAUAAGUGAAGCACACAGUGAACUUGCAAAGUUGUUAACGGAAAAAGAACUGAGAGAUGCUUUGCUGCUGAUAUUUGCAAAUAAACAGGAUGUUGCAGGAGCACUUUCAGUAGAAGAAAUAACAGAACUUCUUAGUCUACAUAAGCUCUGCUGUGGUCGAAGCUGGUAUAUUCAGGGCUGUGAUGCACGAAGCGGGAUGGGACUAUAUGAAGGACUAGACUGGCUUUCAAGGCAACUUGUGGCUGCGGGUGUGCUGGAUGUGGCUUAAAUCCACCUACAGCCAUUGUUGAAAGUGUGUGGUUAACUGUUGUUUGCACAUGACAGAUUGUAAGAAAUUCUGCAUCUCGAAGAUGGCAGUUAAUCCAGGAUUGUGUUUACAGAACAAAAUGUUUGUAUCUUCCAUUGGGAAUUCAGUUCUUUUCUAUACUCUUGAGAGUAAACUAAAAUGUUUUCCCUAGUAGAUUAAGUUGGCUAUGAGGGUACCUUGACUUCACAUCUUUUUAGGUGAAUUUGGACAUUUGAGUUUUCAGUGCAUUCGCUUGCUAGUAUGUCGGAACAAAAAGGAGAAAGGUUAAAUUACACAUUAGAUUACUGUCCUCUUUUUAUGUUGAACAUUAGUCAUGCAAUUAGAAUAGUACAGCUAUUCCUCUAAAAUUGUCUUUUCAGUUAAUUUUCAUACUGUUUCUCUCCUGAAAAGAAGAGUGACUUAAUGAGACCAAAAGCAAAACUGUACCUUCCACCAAAAUAAGACUCUUCAACCUGACUUUUUUAUGUUCAGUGAAACAAAAAACCUUUAACUCUAAAAAUUAAACUCUAAAAUUAUAAAAAUAUUUUAUACUUAUUUCUUUAUUAAAAACCUAAGCUAAAGUAUAAUACUUUAUAUUAUAAUACAAUGAGACUUAAUAAAAAUUUUAUCUGCGUAGUCUGUAGAUCAGGACUGGUUUUAUUGUACAGGCAAAAUGAGCACUUGUUUGGGUUAUAGUAUGUAUGCAUAAUAAGCUGUGAAGGUCAGAUGAUUUCUAGUUCAUCUGUAAUUAUGAAAGAUCCAUGGUCAGGCCUGAACCUAGGUAAGCUGUUUGCUGCUUUCUAGGACAGAGCCCAGGAUUGGUGGUCCUUUCUGUUUUCAAUAUCCCUUACAUGGUUUCGUAAAAAGCUAACUUGCAUCUUUGAUGUAGCACUCAUCAGCAUAAGCUGCUUUUUGUCAUGACUAUAUUUAAAAAUGUAUCGAACUUAUUGACACUAGAGAUGGAACCAGAGUGGGCUUUGAUGAAAAGAUACUUAGGAAUUCAAUUAGGAAAAAAGCCUUUUACAGUAUGAAAAAUUGUUUAAAUUACAAAAUAUGUAUGUUUUAAGCAAAUAUUUUCUCAGUAUGAGUACAUUUCUCAUAGCAUUGUAUUGUAAGGUCAACUCUUGUUUAUUUAACAAUAAAGGCCUUG